AUGGUAUAUGGAGGAAAGCCAAGUACGGGGUGCUAUCUGUGCCGCAAGCGGAAGAUCAAGUGCGAUGAAGCGGUCCCCCAGUGUCGAAAUUGCCUGGUGUAUGGCCGGCCGUGUCCCGGGUAUCGGCAAGAUACUAUCUUUCGAAAUGAGACGCAGAAGGUGGAGCAGCUCAUGAGGAAGAAUAGCGUUGUGUUUGUCGAGAACAAUCGACAGCGAAGCCCGAGCCUGAGUCCGAGCACGUCCCCUCCUAGUGGAGAGAGUCGUGCGUCUUCUUCCUUGUCACUGUACCGGGUUGCCGACUCCGGGUGGGAUGAGCGAGCUGUUUGUUACUUCUUUGAUCAAUUCACGACUCUGGAAGACCAGGAGGUAUGUAUUAAUCAUCUGGGGUUCCUUCCGUCUCUGUAUGCCACGUGUCGAGAUAUCGGAUACGACGGCUCCGUGUCUUCUUGUCUAAGGCUGGCAGUCGACGCAACGGCCCUGAUCACGCUGGGUAACGAGGUCAAGGCCCCGCCCCUGAUUAUCAAGGCCCGGGAUUGUUAUGGCAUGGCGAUCCGAGGACUCCGGCAAGCACUGGCUUCGAAGACGCAGGCCGUCAAAGACGAAACCUUUGCCACGAUGAUUCUGUUGUGUUUGUUCGAAGAUAUCACCGGCGAACGAAACGGGCUCACGAGCUCACAUACCGCGGGAUUAGAGCUCCUCGUUAAGCUGAGAGGCGAGAGCCAGCUGGGGAAUGCGCAGGGUCGGGAACUGUUUAGCUUUGCAUAUGCUCAUAAUCACAUCGAGAUCCUAGCGUUGAGAGAGAAGCCUCGAUACGGCACGGAUUGGAUCGUCGAGCAAUUGGAUUCCUCCGACCCGGUUAUCGGAUUAAUGGUGGGCGCGUCGAAACUCAGUCGACUAUUCCUCGAAGCUUCUUCCUACCAGGGACCGUUUGGACUCGUGGAAAUCGAAAAGCUUGUCUCAUGGAUCGAUGCCGGGCGACUUAUGGAUCUGGAACUCAGCCGAUGGGCGCAACAACUCCCGAACAAUUGGCUUCCGCUUGCCGUCUACUCGCCCACGGGUGAAGCGUUGCUCACUUACCAACGCAUCGCCGUCGCGACCAUCUGGAAAUACUACCGAGCCGUGCGGAUCAUCCUGCAAAAAAUGAUGCUCGAGCUACGCCAAACUCUCGCCUCGGUGGUCGGUGAGCACGACGAAACGUACAAGGACGUCUUCCAGGGCGACGCCAACGUGAAAGAAGUGAUCCAGGACAUGAUCACCGACACCUGUCGCAGCAUUCCUUAUUGUUUCGGCGACGUCGACAUGAGCGGGAAUCCGCCCUCGUCUUCGAUCAACGAUAAGCCCCGCAUCCGCGCCAUUUACGGAUACAUCAUGCUGUGGCCGUUAUGGUAUACUUACUCGUGCGGGCUUGCGACGCCGACUCAAACGGAGCAGCUUCGUGGCGCUCUUGCCCGGGUCGGCUCUGCACUAGGAAUCCGACUGGCGCUUGUAUUGGCGAGGGAUAACGGGCCCCCGAGUACGCCGCUGGGGAAUAACCCAUUCUUGAAUCCUAUGGGGGAUUUUGCGUUUCCUAUGCAGUAA